GAAACCGACAAGCUAGAAGAAGACAAAGCCGCCCUCCAGGCUGAAAUCGAGAACCUCCUGAAGGAAAAGGAGAGGCUGGAGUAUGUCCUCGCCUCUCAUAAACCUCUUUGCCAGCUGCCCGAAGAGCUGGACUGCCUGUUUCCAGAGUCUCCCCAGCCGCUCUCCACUCCCGAAGCGGCCAGCAAACUCCCCGAGGACGGCCCGCAGGACUUGGAGAUCCCCACGGUACCGUCCACCGCCAUUUCCGGCAACUCCAACAUCCUUCUGUGCUCCAGCGCAGAGGUCAGUCUGUGCGACCUCGAGCCCUCUCUGGAUGUCAAGGACGAGCUUCUCGACCGGAUCUCGGCGGAAACGGCCCGCUCCGUCCCCGACAUCGACCUGACCGGCUCGCUGGGCAUCACGGACUGGGAAACCCUCUAC